AUGUGUUAUAAAAUAAUAUUUUUAUCGAUUUUUUCUCUAAUUUCCUGUUCGGAUUAUCGAAUUCCUCGAGAUUAUUGGGCUUGUGGAUCUGGACAAUUUUUGAAUGAAGCUUCGGAAAAUGUACUGCAUAAAUGCAGAGAUGAGAUAUACUGUGAGUUUGUACAAGUGGUUAAGCGUAUACGCUAGCGAUCAGUAGGUCAAGGGUUCGGGUUUGCCCACCGCGGAAUUUUUUAAUUUUUUUUUCCCCAAAAAUUUUGCAGUCGGCUACGAUCUUUGCUGCGCAAUUCACGAUGAUUGUUACGACCAACUUCUCGGACAAAAUUAUUGUGAUUCAAACUUCUGCACAUGCGUUCAGAAUGUUGCGAAACGCUCCAAAAUUUUCUCACUCUGCACAUUUUUCGCCAAAGGAUCGUGUAAUGCUGUGAGAAUUUUGGGUGGUCCGGCUUAUGAGGCAAGUGGAAAUGGAUCAACGAAGAUCUAUAUAUUGAAAAUGAAUCGGGAUUUGCAAAUCAAGUUUUUUGAGAUUUAUCAGUUUUGUAAAUCGCAGUAUUGUGAGUUUAAAAGCAGCAGCUUUGUGAGUCGCGUGCGGCUUUGCGUCGCGGUUUCCCAACCGCAACGCACAACCGCACGCGACUGACGAAUUCCAGUAACUCUAAAUGUCUGCGCAAUGACCUAUGAUUUCUGCGUUUUCACCGAUAUCAACAAUGGGAAAACCUGCCUAAAUUCGGUGAGUCCAUUUAAAAAAAAAAAAAAAAUUUUUUUUUUUUUUUUUUUUUAGUUUUCAAGAUGCCUCGAAAGCACAAACUCCACAAGACUUCCAAAUCCAUCUUGCGACAAAUCAAUUGAAAAAUUUCAAAUUUUAAUCAGAAAACAAUACUAA